CAUGGACUUCAGAAGGCAGAAGGAUGGACAAUAGCAUUCACAUGAGGGCCCUGAUGAGUCGGCACGAUGAUGAAGCAACUAGAACAUCCACGUCGGAAGGCUUGGAGGAGGGUGAGGUGGAAGGCGAGACCCUCCUGAUAGUCGAGUCGGAAGACCAAGCAUCCGUGGAUUUAUCUCAUGAUCAGAGCGGGGACUCCCUCAACAGCGACGAAGGGGACUCCUCUUGGAUGGAGGAGUUGUCCUACUUCUGCGAGAAGUGCCAAAAAUGGAUACCAGCCAGUCAGCUUAGGGAACAACUCAGCUACCUCAAGGGUGAUAACUUCUUCCGGUUUACUUGCUCAGAUUGCUCCGAAGAUGGUAAAGAGCAGUUUGAAAGGCUGAAGCUGACGUGGCAGCAGGUUGUGAUGUUGGCCAUGUAUAAUUUGUCUCUGGAAGGAAGUGGACGUCAAGGCUACUUCAGGUGGAAAGAAGAUAUUUGUUCGUUUAUUGAGAAACAUUGGACAUUCUUACUAGGGAGCAGGAAAAAGACUUCAACUUGGUGGAGCACCGUAGCGGGCUGUCUUUCUGUGGGAAGCCCCGUGUUCUUCCGCUCCGGGGCUCAGGAAUUUGGAGAACCAGGAUGGUGGAAACUCGUUCACAACAAGCCUCCAACAAUGAAACCUGAGGGAGAAAAACUCUCUGCUUCUGCCCUGAAAGUAAAAGCAUCCAAACCACCUUUGGAUCCCAUCAUUACCGUGGAGGGGCUUAGGAAGCGAGCGAGUCGCAAUCCUGUGGAAUCAGCCAUGGAGCUGAAGGAGAAGCGAUCACGCACACAGGAGGCCAAGGAGAUUCGGAGAGCCCAGAAAGAGGCAGCAGGCUUUCUUGACAGGAGCACGUCGUCCACCCCUGUCAAAUUCAUUAGUCGGAGCCGGCGACCGGACAUGAUUCUCGAGAAAGGAGAAGUUAUUGACUUUUCCUCCCUGAGUUCUUCUGACCGCACCCCUCUGACAAGCCCUUCUCCUUCUCCUUCCCUGGAUUUCUCUGCUCCCGGAACACCCGCCUCUCAUUCGGCCACUCCUAGUCUGCUGUCAGAAGCCGAUCUUAUUCCAGAUGUCAUGCCACCUCAAGCCUUGUUUCACGAUGAUGAAGAGAUGGAUGGCGUUAUAGACCCAGGAAUAGAGUAUGUUCCUCCUUCCAGUGGAGCGUCAGCUUCUGGGCCCAUGGUAGGGGGCAGAAAGAAAGUCAAGCCCCUUGAACAAAUAAAACAAGAGAUAGAGAGUGAGGAAGAGAAAACUGAAAGGAUGGAAGUGGACAGUGAAGACACCGAGGACUCCAACACCUCACUGCAGGCUCGAGGGCGAGAAAAGAGGAAGUCCCAUGUGGAGAAGGACAACAAACCGAAAGGCCCCAAGUACACACCUGUUAGCAUCUAUGAAGAAAAGCUUCUUUUGAGGCGACUUGAGGCCUGUCCCAAUGCCGUGACCAUGACUCCGGAGGCCAGGAGACUGAAGCGCAAGUUGAUCGUGAGGCAGGCCAAGAGAGAGAGGGGAUUGCCACUUUUUGACUUAGACCAGGUUGUUAAUGCCGCCCUUCUCUUGGUGGAUGGGAUUUAUGGAGCCAAAGAAGGUGGAGCUUCCAGAUAUCCCACUGGACGUGCCACCUACAGAACUACAUGUCAGGAUUUCAGAAUCCUAGACCGAUACCAGACGACUUUGCCAUCCAGGAAAGGAUUUCGGCACCAGACUACUAAAUUUUUAUAUCGGUUGGUAGGAUCAGAAGAUAUGGUGGCAGACCAUAGUAUUGUCAGCCCUUACACAUCUCGGGUCCUGAAACCUUAUAUCAGGCGUGAUUAUGAGACAAAACCUCCCAAACUCCAGCUGCUAGCGGAGAUUCGGACCUAUCCUUAUAAAAAUGACACAAACUGGAAGCCUCAGCCUGAAGCCCCCAUCGAUUAUUGCUACGUCCGUCCGAAUCAUAUCCCUACUAUAAACUCGAUGUGUCAUGAAUUUUUCUGGCCUGGAAUUGACUUAUCAGAAUGCCUGCAGUAUCCAGAUUUCAGUGUUGUCGUCCUUUACAAGAAAGUCAUUAUUGCCUUUGGCUUCAUGGUCCCUGAUGUGAAAUAUAAUGAAGCCUACAUCUCUUUUCUGUUUGUCCAUCCUGAGUGGAGGCGAGCAGGGAUUGCUACUUUUAUGAUUUAUCAUCUUAUUCAGACCUGCAUGGGCAAAGACGUAACUCUUCACGUCUCAGCAAGCAACUCCGCUAUGCUACUGUACCAAAAAUUUGGAUUUAAGACCGAAGAAUAUGUCUUGGACUUUUAUGACAAAUAUUAUCCCUUGGAAAGUAAGGAGUGCAAACAUGCAUUUUUUCUGAGAUUGAGACGCUGAGACGGUCUGGAUUCGUACCCCGUGAAUGGAAAACUGCACCUGCAGAAAGAACCCAUCUGUGGGAUACUGAGGCUUCAAUCAAUCAGUCAGUGGUAUUCACUGAGCGCGGCCUGUGUGCAAAGCACUGUACUAAACGCUUGGGAGCAUACAACACAAUAGAGUCGGUAGACCUGAUCCCCACCCUUAAGAAGCUGACAAUCUAGUGGGGCUUCAUGCUCAGAACCUAGGUCCAUUGAAGCGAAAGUCUAUGGAAACUUUGAUCUCUGAUUGGAGCCAACAGUAGCACAUCCUUUGCUAAGAGCACAGUGUAAAAUUUCCCGUGUGUUCAGGGAGACCUGAGCAUCAGAGCAACCAGAGGUCCUUUAAGGGGGUUCUAGGUCUCCCUUUUUUGAGGGCCCAGGACCGAUUCCUUGGGAUUUCCAGCUAAGAACAUUGACUUUCCCAGCUCAAAUGAAACUGUAGUUUUUAUGAAAGAUUGAUAAAAACAGUUGGAUGCAGUCAUCCCACGAAACUGACAUAAAAUAUAAAUCAGAGAAGAGGAAACAUAAUGCCCUGCCCAAUUAAAUGGAUGGUUUUAAACUCCGCCCCUUUUCUCUAGCCCGUAUCUUUUCACUUUAGUUCUCUAUGAUGGCCAAUACUGUUGGUAUUGUGUUGUUUUGGAAGAACCCAGAGUCAUGGCUCUAGGGCAGCCCCUGCUACCCACAACUGAAUGUGGAAAAUGUCCAGGGCAGACGGGGGUCGAUCAAACUGUUGUUAGAAGAAGAUCUCCGUACCAUUGAGGUGAUCCCUCAGCCUCCUUAGGGAGCCAGGGAGUCUGGAAGUCCUUCCUUGGGUCUCAUUGGAGCUCUCGCUACAAUUUAAGGCCAGUCCCUCUUGUUUGGGUGUAAAAUGUUCUGCCUUCUCCUUGGGAAAACGCUUCCUCGACCGUUAUUUGUCUGUCUUGGGAUCGUUGUUUCUCUGGGUUUAACAGCCUAAUUCCUUUGAUCUUUCCCUCUAGAACCUAUGUCCAAGUCCCUCAGUUAUUUUGUCGCUCACUCUUGGGCCCUCUCCAUUCUCUCCACAUCUUUUUAGAAGUUGGACACAGUCCUUUAAUCGGGGACUGAACGGCACCGAGCACAGGACAGGAGGAUGACUCCUUCCUGCCUCUUUCCUGACACAUCCCUGCCGUUGAAUCCGUUCCCUUGCUGGCUUUCGUUGUAAUGGCCCCGCAUUGCCAGCUCCCCGUCGGUUCACCCCUGGACUUGGGUCUAGCCAGUUUUUUCUGGAUCUGUGUUUCAGCUUUUGUGUGUAAGUAUACUGUUUGGUCCAUGACCUUACCGAGUCUAAUUUAUGAAAUAACUUUGAGUUUUACUCCGAUCUUCUGAGGUGUAAACAGUUCUUCCCUCACCGCCCAGCAGUUUAGUGUCACCAGUAGUUGCUGAGGGUCCUCUGAACUCCUUCAGGUAAUCAGUCAAAAUGGGGGCAUGUAAAGCCGGGACCAUUUGUGAGUGGAUCUCCCCAGUGGACAGCGGUCCUCGGAGUACAGCCCGUCACUUCUGGCCUCCUGGUGGGGAUGGCGCCGAGGCCAGGACUUCACCCCCAAGGCGCCUCACGGUUUUGGGGUACCGGUCUAACAGGCAGGACCCCUCUGCUGCUCCGUUAUCUCUGGAUAGCCAGCCCCAUCAUGGGCCACAGGCUCACAGAGGGCGGGCUGCAGCUGGAGAAGCACUUGGAGUGCUGCAGAAGGAAAAGAUGGGGAAGCACUGGUCUCCGUCAUUUCCUUCUGGCUUCUCUGGGUGUAUUACUCAGUUUAUGAAAAAAAUAAUAAUUCCUGUAGCUAAGUAAUUGGUCAGUUUCUACCACAUCAGAUCUAACACUGUCAGCUGAGGGGCAGCGGGGUCGGCUCCUGCAGAUAGGAACCCGCCUCUCCAGGGGCCGGCUGCAAGAUCGUCAAUCAGCUUAUUAACCGAGGCACUGCCCGGAUGGCUCUGGGCACCAAAGGCAGUGGGGGAGCUUCGUCCCAGCAGAAGGGAGUAAGUCUGAUAUGGCAGAAAUAGUGUGAAUUGUGUCCAGCAGCAGGAGGUAACAUGGUUCCGUUGGCCAGUGGAGCCUUUGGGUGUCUCCCCUUUCCGUUUGCUAGCCAGAAAUGGUAGCAGCAAUGAGGAGAGCUUCUGGGUGACUGCGGAUGAGGGCGCGGGCCUCUUCCUCAUCUGAAGCCGGCCAGAGCUGCAAAUUAUAUUACAGCUCAUUGGGUUAUCCUAGAGGUAGGGUGGCCUUAAUUCUUUUUCAAGCGGGAAAACCCCUCAUAGCUGUAAUAUCUUCACCAAACUUACAUUGUUACAAAGAACAGUGGGAGGCAUUUGCCCCACCCCAUCUUUUAUGCAUCUUUGAGGUGCCUAAAGUUGAGUCAUUGCCUCAAUCGACUCUCCAUUCUGACAACGGUUUGUGUACGUGUGUAAUUGGCCUGUCAUAAUGGCAAAGAAAAUGUAGCUUCCCAUAGAAGGAACUGUAAUUCUAGAAGUCACCCUGUAUUAACCCUAAUAGCUGUUGCUCUUAACAAAAUGUUUUUACAAUCUCCUUGAAAUUUGACAAUUAUAAAUAUUUGCUGUACUUGGAAAAAAAAAAUCCUCUUUUUCCAAUUGAAAUAAAAGUUCCUUUCUUGCACAAA